GGGAGAGGGAAGGGCACGAGUGGCUUGCGUCGCAAGCGUUUCCCUCUGGGAGUUUCUUUCGUUUCUUCUGAUUUAUGUCAUAGAAGCUACUAGUAGAAACGUUUAAUAAUGGCCGAGGGAGGACGCCCAGGCAGCGCUGUGUAUCUUUCCCCGGGACAUUUCAACUACGAACCGGUGUCCCCCACUGCCGUGCUCGGUCCUCUGUGGUCGCGGACUUUCAGCUUUGACUUCCCGAAAUAUCACUCUCGUCUCCUCGACCAGGCCUUCGGGGAGGGCCUCACGUUUGCCGACUUCGGGCCGCCGACCUCGCCGGGAGGAUACCUCAUCCCGCGCCGCCGCCUGAAGUCGGAUAAGGAGGGGUUUUCUGAGGUGAGAGUGGAAGAUGGCAAGUUUGUGGCGCGGCUGGACGUGUCUGCGUUCUCGUCGGGAGACCUGACGGUGAAAACCAUCGAUAACAAGGUACACGUCCACGGGAAACACGAGGAGACGCAGGACCAGCACGGGCUCGUCUCGCGAGAGUUCAACCGGCAGUACCUGCUCCCGGAGGGGGUGGAUCCGCUGACGGUCACGUCUAACCUGGCGGAGGACGGUGUUCUCACGGUGGAAGCCCCCCUCCCUAAACCCGUGGAGGACAAGCCAAGGAGUCGGGUGGUCUCCGUGCUGACCACUCAAGUCGGGCCAGCGUCUCAGAAGGUGACAGAAAAACAAGAACACUGGAAGACGGAGUAUGAAGAUGUGGAUUCUGCUAUGGGAUUCAUGUGAACUAUAGUUAUCAAUAUUAUAUUUUCCCUUUUCUCUGACCUUAACCCACAUCCUAGUCUGAAAUUUUAUCUAGAAUAGCCA